AGGACCUCCCAAAGACAGCCCAGGAUAUAUUUCUAAGGAUUUCUCCAAGAUAUUCUAGCAAUCUCAGAUCCCAGAUCCACGUGCCGGUGGGAUGCUACAUUGAAGCAAGGCAGUGGCGAUCUUGCAUGGACCAUUCGCAAGAUAAAAAAAUCGAAAACAUAGGCAGAAUGACGGCGAUGACGCAGGAGGAAAUCGUGGCCGGUGCCCGAACAGUCGCUCAAGGCUUGGAAGCUCUUCGAGUCGAGCAUGGUGGCUUGCUACAGGGCUUGCAGUCUCAAGAUGCACCAGCUGCCCGCGACAAGGCUAGUCUGUUGUCCAAGAUCAUUGAAAUGAUCGACUUGGGUCUAGGCGAGGCGCAGGUAAUGCAGGCGCUGGCAAGUCAUCUGCAAAUGGUGGAGGCGGAAAAACAAAAGCUGAGGACACAAGUGAAGAGAUUGUGUCAGGAGAAUGCCUGGCUGCGGGAUGAACUCGCUGGUACUCAGCAGAAAUUGCAAGCGAGCGAACAGGCCGUCGCUCAGUUAGAAGAAGAUAAAAGGCACUUAGACUUUAUGGCCAGUAUGCGGCAAUAUGAUCCGGAUCCGUCGACAGAGGAUGAAAACGCUAAGGAUCGACCAAAGGACGAUCCUGUGGUGGAUCUCUUCCCGGAUGAUGAUGCAGAUGAUCGUAAUAGCAAAUCCAUAUCUCCGACUCCGCCAUCGCAGUUUGCCCAACAAGUAAAUGCCGGCUACGAGAUACCGGCACGUCUGCGUACAUUGCAUAAUUUAGUGAUUCAGUAUGCAAGUCAAGGCCGUUAUGAAGUAGCAGUUCCUUUAUGCAAACAAGCAUUGGAAGACUUAGAGAAGACUUCCGGCCAUGAUCAUCCUGAUGUGGCAACCAUGCUGAAUAUCCUUGCUCUCGUAUAUCGAGAUCAAAAUAAAUAUAAAGAAGCCGCAAACCUUCUGAACGAUGCAUUAGCAAUUCGAGAGAAAACAUUGGGUGAGAAUCAUCCUGCAGUGGCAGCGACCCUGAACAAUCUGGCGGUGCUGUACGGAAAACGAGGGAAAUACAAAGAGGCUGAACCUCUAUGCAAGCGAGCACUGGAGAUCCGCGAGAAAGUACUAGGUCGUGAUCAUCCGGAUGUUGCGAAGCAGUUAAAUAAUCUAGCGCUGUUGUGUCAAAAUCAGGGCAAGUACGAGGAGGUAGAACGCUACUAUCAGCGCGCGCUCGAGAUUUACGAAGCUAAGCUAGGCCCAGAUGAUCCGAACGUCGCUAAAACGAAAAAUAAUCUGGCAUCUUGUUACCUGAAGCAAGGAAAAUACAAGGACGCCGAGGUGCUAUACAAACAGGUGCUCACUAGAGCACAUGAAAGAGAAUUUGGCGCCAUCGAUGGUGACAACAAGCCGAUCUGGCAGGUAGCUGAAGAGAGAGAAGAAAAUAAGCACAGAAACAAAGAGAACACACCGUACGGCGAAUACGGUGGUUGGCACAAAGCUGCGAAGGUGGAUUCUCCCACGGUCACUACCACUUUAAAGAAUCUUGGUGCACUUUAUCGAAGACAGGGCAAAUAUGAGGCCGCGGAAACGCUUGAAGACUGCGCCAUGAGAUCUCGAAGAGAGGCGUUGGAGCUGGUAAACAAGGCACGAGUGGCGCAACUGCUGGGUGAUGAGAAGAGUUCUACUAGACGCGGCUCGCGAUCAAGUUUAGCCAACAGCGAACACGAGCAGAGCCACGAGGAGGCGAAUAGCUCGCUAGUGCAAAGGGCGCUACACGAAGGACAAUUGGCAACAAGCAGCAGUCAGCAUCAACACGACGCUAGUCCUAAUAAACCCGGUUUUAAAAACAAGAUUUUCCAAGCUUUCGGCAUUCAUACAUCAUCUACGUAGGCUAAGCGGAUCCCGUUUUCUCUCUUUUGAUCUUUUUAUUCCGCUUAUAUCGUUAGGUUCGUUCUCUUCAGCUGCGUCUUCUAUAUUUUCUUUCAGUUUUUAUCUUCUUUCUUUAAAAAAAAAAAAAAAUUGAUUGAUACUAAUUUUAUUUUAAAAAAAUGAAAAUAUAAUGUAACUCUGAAGAGAACGGAACUAUUAUAAAUGUAAAACUAAAGAAAACGGAUCUAUUUCAAAUGUAAUAUAAAUUAACGAAGACAAAUUUAUGUUAGGCUUUCGUUCAUUAUCAGUUAACGAUUUUCUCGAUAGGGCAUCAUUAAAUAGAUAGAUAUGUAGAAUUUUAUAGAAUGAAGUUUGUAAAGAGAAAGGUAUAUUUAAUUUCAAUCCUCAAAGCUAUCAUAUUUGACAAUUAUUCAUAUUGAUCAAUUAAUUUUUUGAUAUCUUUUGGUAUUAUAAAGUAAAAGCAAAAUGUGAAAAAUGAUUAAAGUAUUUAAAAAAUAAUUAAAUUAAUUAAAUUUGAGAUGCAAUGUUAACAUUGAAAGUAUUAUAGAGAGAAUAAAGUAUUAAUUUUAGGAUUCGUUAUGUAAACUCUAAAAAUUUUACAAUUAUCUUGGGGGAUCUGUCAAAUUAUUAUAAUUUAUCAUAAUUAUUUUCAUAUAUAAAAAUAAUUCUCUUGAUGCAUAUGUAUGAUGCAAAUUUGUAUGAAUACAAGGUCCUUGAACAACAUUAUGAAAGAAGAAUUAUAACUGUGUGUUAAAACAAAAAAACCUUAAAAAACAAUUCAAAUUGAAUGUUAAAAUAAUAUUAGGAAAGAAUUAAAACUAAACGCUUAGCAUAGAUGAAAUUUUCCAAACAACAGUCUUUUAGUAUAAAAUUAUUUUGUGAAGUCUUCCGAAUUAUCAAUGAUAAUGCGGCAAGUGAUAGUUUAUUUUGAGAAUUUUAUUUAACAAGUAUAUCAAUAUUUUUUUCUUUUCAGCAAAUAUGUGUUUUCUUGCACACUCCGUAAGUUUUUUCUUUUUUUUCUUUUUGGAGAGACGAUAAAAUGACGAUGCAUUUCUCUUUAUUUGUGUGUAUAUGCAUGUAUAUAUACAUACAUACAUAUAUAUGUAUCUACAUAUAUGUAUGUGUGUGUGUCUGUGUGUAUGUGUGUGUGUGUCUGUGUAUGUGUGUAUGACUUUGUGAUAUUAAGCAUGUAAGAAAGUUUUAACUAUGGGUAUAUGUGUAUUUGUGCAUAUGUAUGCUCGCAUCGAUUGAAACUUUCUUACAUAUUUUAAUACAUUAGAUAGUCAUAUGCAGGCUAUAAAAUAUCAUUCUUUGAUUAUAGGAUAUUCUAUAUGAAUUGCAUUUACAUGAGACUAAUCUUUCAGAUAGAUUUCUGCUCACAUCAUGGAUAUAAGAAAUAACUGGAUUGUAAUCUCAUACGAGAUGUAACGAGAAACAUACCAAGCCAUAUAAAUUAUUAGAUACACAAUACGUGAAAUUUAAUAUUGUAAUAAGUGCAUAAAAUAUUUGAAAUUUCAAAUGACAUACAUUGAUAUUAAUAUAAGAUAUAUAAAUAUUUUUAUAUAUUAUUUUGUAAGAAAAUAUUGAAGAAUGGUAUAUUUAUUUUUAUUGCGUUUUUUUAAAACUAUAUCAGAAAUUGUAACGCAAUAUAGUUCAUUACAUUUGUUCUAUUUCGUUUUUAUUUAUUUAAUUAUACCUGUUCUUGCUUGGAGACAUUACAACCAAUCCAGUCAUUUUCUUAUGUCUAUAAUAACUCAUAAUAUAACACAUAAGCAAACUGCAACAAUCGAACACAUUCGGCAUGUUGUAUAACUAGAAGAAAAUUAGAAUGAAAUCAGAAAUCGAUAGAAAUUUAAAAGUAGAAAGUUUAUUUUAAAAAAUAUCUUAAUGGAAAGACAUUAAUAGAAUGCGAUCCUAUUUUUACCGGCAAAAAACACAAUCUGUCACGUUAAAGCUUUAUUCUUUUUUUCAUACUGUAUGCCUUGAUAGAGAAAACAUUUUUACCUUUCUUUUUUGACAUAAUUUGAUGAAACAAUUUACAUGUCAUUCAAAAGUAUAUAGUAUUAUGCUGAUAGCUGCUUUGCUUAACUAUAUAAUGCAAUAUAGAUUCGCAAAGACAACAUAAUUGCCCAAAGAGAGAAAUCACAAAAUAUAUUAAGAAUUAAAUGGCUUUGAUAAAAAUAACAGGAAAAGAUAUCUAAUAAUUUUCUCAAUAUAUUCUAAUUUUUACAUAUUAUAAUACAAUUACACGAUAAGUCGAUUACGAUACAACUUAAAUAAAAAUUGAAAUUUAUUGUGUGAAUAUCAUCGAAAAUACGUAUUUUAAUCUUUUUUAAAGUUAAACAGAGAAUGUAUAUAAAAAAUAUUGUAACAAGUAUAUUUUUUUCUGAUUUUUAUUCGAUUUGUAUCGUAAAGAUUUUUUCCAGUUUGCAAUACAAUAAUAUAUAUCUAGUGUAAAUAUCUACAAACGUACAUCUCGAAUGUCUGUGCGUUGUAAAAAUAUUAAUUUUUAAAAAUUCAAGAUGUGACUUUUGGCGAUACCUUCAUCGCAAUUUAUAUAAGAUUAAAAACAAGAUUGUAGCAAUUUUUUUAAACUUAUGGCACAUAUUGGGUGUUUGGAAGAUAUAUUUUAUUAAUAGCUAUAGACAUAUUUGUACGUUUUUUUGUACAGAGAGAAAAAUAUAUUUUAAAUAUAGUUUGGAUAAAUAUGUAUUGAAGAUAUUAGAAAUAUACUUGAAUUAUAUUUAAAAUAUAUUUUACAGAAUGGCAAAAAACGACGUAGGCAAUAUUUUUUAUAAGAUCUCAAUGGUGCAUAGAAAAAGAACUUUUUUGUUGACUUUUGCGUUGAGAGACAUCAAAAGUAAAAUGAUUUUGAUCAAAAAUGAUGAAUUUUAUAUAUUAUAUGAAGCGACAUUUAUUUUUUUAGAUAGAAAACAAUUUGUUACGUAAUUUAAUAAUUAUUCUAUCCUUGAUUAAAUUAAUGAUGAGAAGCUAAUGAUGUGACAAAGGUAAUGAAGAUAGUGCCUUGAGACUUUAAUAAAUGAUAAAUAAAUUAUUUUUGAACAGAGA